GCGUGGGCUGGUGACAGGAGGCGGGCCUGGAGCCGCAAGGGUGCCCUGAGCGAGCAUGGGAUAUAAAAGAAGCGUGAUGGGAAGCUGACCGGCGAGAGCAGAAGUGGGGCACAGGAUGAGGGGCGCGGGUCGGGAUAGCAGGGAUGCAAGAUGGGAGAAUAACGGCUGUACAUAUUUGGCCGGCACUUGGCAGUCUGCUCCCUUUUAGAUUCCCCUAAUUUCCUCCUUUGGUUGAAGAAAGCGAGGUUCGGAGGGGUUAGGUGGGUGGGGGCCCCGGGGUGCCCGGGGUCGCUGGGCUGCGGGGGAACCCGUGAGUGCGGGGACAAGGUGUGAGCCGUGCGUUGUCGGGGGUGGGGGGGUGGGCGUCGGACGCACGCGGGUUGGGGGCGGGCCGGCGGCAGCUCAGGGAGAAGGGGGAGGCGGGCUCCGCCGGCACACGCCGCCCCUGGCAGGCGGCCUGAGCGCGCGCGGGGAGCCGCUGCCGCCGCCGCUGCCGCCGCCGCUCGGGGUCGCUUUGAGACCCAGAUUCCCGAGCGCUCCGCUCGCAUGGCAGCCGCCUCGGCGCCCGUCCCCGCGGCCCUCUAGGGGCGGCCCCGCGCCCCGGUCCCUCGGCGAAGCCCGUCGGAUCCGGCCCCGCUCUGCGUCCCGGGGCGCGCUGCCUCCCAGCCCGAGGUGUCCGCACGUCCGGCCGUCCAUCCGUCCGUCCCUCCUGGGGCCGGCGCUGACCAUGCCCAGCGGCUGCCUCUGUCUACAUCUCGUGUGCCUGUUGUGCAUCCUGGGGGCACGCGUUCAGCCUGCCCGAGCGGAUGACUGCAGCUCCCACUGUGACCUGGCCCACGGCUGCUGUGCGCCUGACGGCUCCUGCAGGUGUGACCCAGGCUGGGAAGGGCUGCACUGUGAGCGCUGUGUGAGAAUGCCUGGCUGCCAGCAUGGUACCUGCCACCAGCCCUGGCAGUGCAUCUGUCAUCUGGGCUGGGCAGGCAAGUUCUGUGACAAAGAUGAGCACAUCUGUACCACGCAGACCCCCUGUCAGAAUGGAGGCCAAUGUGUCUACGACGGGGGCGGCGAGUACCACUGUGUGUGCCCCCCAGGCUUCCAUGGGCGUGACUGCGAGCGUAAGGCUGGACCCUGUGAGCAGGCAGGCUCCCCAUGCCAGAACGGCGGACAGUGCCAGGAUGACCAGGGCUUUGCUCUCAACUUCACCUGCCGCUGUUUGGCAGGCUUCGUGGGUGCCCGCUGUGAGGUCAAUGUCGACGACUGUCUGAUGCGGCCUUGUGCCAAUGGUGCCACCUGCCUAGAUGGCAUAAACCGCUUCUCCUGCCUCUGCCCUGAGGGCUUUGCUGGACGAUUCUGCACCAUCAACCUGGAUGACUGUGCCAGCCGUCCAUGCCAGAGAGGGGCCCGCUGUCGGGACCGUGUCCAUGACUUUGACUGUCUCUGCCCCAGUGGGUAUGGUGGCAAGACUUGUGAGCUCAUCUUAUCCGUCCCAGAUCCUGCCACCACCACGGACAUCCCGCCGGGGCCCACCUACGCUGCAGUGAUCCCUGCCACAGGGCCUGCCCCCCACAGCGUGGGGGCGGGUCUGCUGCGCAUCUCAGUGAAGGAGGUAGUGCGGAGGCAAGAAGCAGGGCUAGGCCCAUCUAGCCUGGCGGCCAUGGUAGUAUUUGGGGCCCUCACUGCUGCCCUGGUCUUGUCCACUAUGAUGCUGACCCUGAGAGCCUGGCGCCAGGGUCUCUGCCCCCCGGAACCCUGUUGCUACCCUGCCCCCCACUACGUCCCGGCGCGCCAGGACCAGGAAUGUCAGGUUAGCAUGCUGCCAGCAGGGCUCCCCCUGUCGCCUGACCUGCCCCCUGAGCCUAGAAAGACCACAGCACUGUGAUGGAGGUGGGGGCUUUCGGCCCCC